AUGGCUACGCCACGUCUAAUGGAGCCGUACUAUUUUGUUGAAGUGACAGCGCCUGCGGAUUGUGUCAGUUCAGUGUAUACAGUAUUGGCUAAACGACGUGGUCACGUCACCACAGAUGCGCCAAUCCCUGGCUCACCACUCUACACGAUAAAAGCGUAUAUUCCAGUGAUUGACUCAUUUGGAUUUGAAACCGAUCUGAGAACGCAUACACAAGGACAAGCGUUUUGUUUAUCGGUCUUCAGCCAUUGGCAGAUAGUGCCUGGUGAUCCUUUGGAUAAGAGUAUUGUGAUUCGACCUCUGGAGCUGCAGCCUGCACCGCAUUUAGCGCGUGAGUUCAUGGUGAAGACACGUCGACGAAAGGGAUUGAGUGAGGACGUGUCAGUCAAUAAAUUCUUCGACGAUCCUAUGCUUUUGGAGUUGGCCAAACAACAGGAUGUAUUCAGUUAUGCCAACUUCUAA